AUGAGCCUGUCGUUGGACAAGGCUUUAGCAGUGGGAAACCAGCUUGAGGUGGAGGCCUAUCAUGUGGAUACAGCAUGGAGUCUGACCCGUGGGGGUAACACCAGAAUCUACACCUCCCUGAUGGGCUGCUUUGUGGACAACAAGGAUGAUGCUACAUUUAACGUUGGCUUGAGACUCCAGAUGUACGGCGAGAAUCCAUCAGACGUGGUCAGUCAUGAUGUGUCUCAGACUUGCAUCUACACUCGCUGGGCCUCCAGGGAGCUCCUCUGCGACAGGAACUACAUGGAAGUUUCGCACCACAUGGCUAACCUUGAUGCUGAAGCUAAGGGUCAGACUCGGGAUGGUAAAGACGAGAAGCUCAACGCCAAUCUUGAAGCCUCUGGUGCAUCACAAGGUAUCUGGAAGAUCACGUUUUACACCCCAGAACCAGUGGCCAUGGUGUUGCAAGAGGCUGAACAAGCCGGCUACGCUGCCAAAACUACCUCUAGUCGCCCUGGUUAUGCGAAGCCCGUGGCUGGAGUCCCCAUGGAAGUUUUCAGGGUGAGCGCUUACUACAUGGCACCACAGGGUCUGAAUGUAGUGAACUUGGCAGCUGCUUGUCCCAAAGGUGGUGUCCUCUUCACACCGAGGAUAUGA